AUGGAUCCCUCUCACUCUCUACUCUCCGUAUGUGCAGAACAUUCUCCGCGUAUCCCCACCAGACCCUAUAUUCUUGACCCCGAUAUCAGGCUGUUUCCCUCUGGCAUGUUAGAGAAAGUUCUCAUGAUAUAUUCAGUUAUUCUUGAUGCAUCUUACUUUAAUAUUUAUACCACGGUAACAUCGAAUGGACUCCAGAUUCUAAACUGUUUGCAGUUCUCGAAGAAAAAAGAAAAUGAUUUCCGGUGGAGUCUACACUUGGAGAGUAUGUUUUCUCCUAUUUAUGAUCGCGACAACUGCAUCCAGUGCCAAAAUAACUCCUUUGGGGAAUUCCACAGGGAGAUAUCUAAAAUUUGGCACUGUACCCACUUCGUCAGAAUCAUCAUCUCCUGGAUCAUCGAGCAAACCUUCACAUUCUUCAGAAUAUCCGAACAUAAACUCCUCAACAGAAAAAGAAAACGAUAUUACCUCAUACAUGGAUUCAGAAAAAAAUUACGCUAUUUUCGAUCCUCCAGCACCAGUGAGGAAACCACCAUGUCUUCAAUCUACUCCAGCUUUUCCACAGACUCUCCAACUUACUUUUCCACAACAUCCUUGGAUUCCACUCCUUCUUCAACUUACCUCACCUCAACUACCACCACUGACGAUUCCACCUCCUCUACUUACACAAGCUCUCCCACAGAAAUCUCUUCAACUUACACCAGCUCUUCUUCAGGUUACUCUACAUCCAGCUCCUCUCUGGAGCCCACCAUUUCUUCUACUUUUCCAAAUUCCUCCAUGGAUUCAACCUUCCAAUCGACCACUUCUCCAACUGAUUCCUCUGAGGAAACAACUACAUCUUCGGUCUACUCCAGCUCUUCCACAGACUCUCCAACUGACUCCAGCUCCUCUAUGGAAUCAACUACCUCUUCAAGGACGGACACAACCACUUCUUCAAGCUCUUCCACAUCAUCCUUGGAUUCGACCACUUCUCCACCUUACCUCACCUCAACUACCACCACUGACGAUUCCACCUCCUCUACUUACUCAAGCUCUCCCACAGAAACCUCUUCAACUUACACCAGCUCCUCUCUGGAGCCCACCAUUUCUUCUACUUUUCCAAGCUCCUCCAUGGAUUCAACCUUCCAGUCGACCACCUCUCCAACUGAUUCCUCUGUGGAUUCAACUACCUCACCUAGCUCCAGCACCAGUGAGGAAACAACUACAUCUUCAGUCUACUCCAGCUCUUCCACAGACUCUCCAACUGACUCCAGCUCCUCUAUGGAAUCAACUACCUCUUCAAGGACGGACACAACCACUUCUUCAAGCUCUUCCACAUCAUCCUUGGAUUCGACCACUUCUCCAACUUACCUCACCUCAACUACCACUACUGAGGACUCCACCUCCUCUACUUACUCACACUCUUCCAUAGAAACCUCUUUAACUUCUACCAGCUCUUCUUCAGGCUACUCCUCAUCCAGCUCCUCUUUGGAGCCCAUCAGUUCUUCUACUAUCCCAAGCUCCUCUAUGGAUUCAACCAUGUCCUCCUUCCAAUCGACCACUUCUCCAACUGAUUCCUCUGUGGAUUCAAGUACUCCAGCUAGCUCCAGCACCAGUGAGGAAACCACCACGUCUUCAAUCUACCCCAGCUCUUCCACAGACUCUCCAACUUACAACACCUCCUCUAUGGAAUCGACCACCUCUUCAAGUACGGACACAACCUCUUCAGGCUACUCUUCAUCCAGCUCAUCUUUGGAGCCCAUCAGUUCUACCUUGCCAAGCUCCUCUAUGGAUUCAACCACGCCCUACGUCCCCACAACCAGUUCUCACACUGAUUCCUCUGUGGAUUCAACUACUCCAACUAGCUCCAGCACCAGUGAGGAAACAACCACCUCUUCUGUGGAUUCAACCACUUCACCUAGCUCCAGCACCAGUGAGAUAACAACCACGUCUUCAAUCUACUCCAUUUCUUCCACAGACUCUCCCGCUUAUACCACCUCCUCUAUGGAAUCAAGUACCUCUUCAAGUAUGGACACAACCACUUCUUCAACUUUUUCCACAUCAUCUUUGGAUUCCACCACUCCUCCAACUUACCUCACCUCAACUACCACCACUGAGGAAUCCAGCUCCUCUACUGACUCAAGUUCUUCCACAGGCUCAGAAACCUCUUCAACAUACACUAACCCUUCUUCAGGUUACUCCUCAUCCAGCUCCUCUUUGGAGCCCACCAUUUCUUCUAGCUCCUCUGUGGAUUCAACCACCUCCUCCUUCCAAUCGACCACUUCUCCAACUGAUUCCUCUGUGGAUUCAACUACUUCACCUAGCUCCAGCACCAGUGAUGAAACAACUACAUCUCCAAUCUACUCCAGCUCUUCCACAGACUCUCCAACUUACUCCAGCUCCUCUAUGGAAUCAACUACCUCUUCAAGUACGGACACAACCCCUUCUUCAAGCUUUUCCACAUCAUCCUUGGAUUCCACCACUUCUCCAACUGACAUCACCUCAACUACCACCACUGAGGACUCCAGCUCCUCUACUUACUCAAGCUCUUCCGUGGGCUUAGAAACCUCUUCAACUUACACCAGCUCUUCUUCAGGCUACUCCUCGUCCAGCUCCUCUUUGGAGCCCACCAUUUCUUCUACUUUCCCAAGCUCCUCUAUGGAUUCAACCACGUCCCCCUUCCAAUCGACCACUUCUCCAACUGAUUCCUCUGUGGAUUCGACUACCUCACCAGGCUCCAGCACCACUGAGGAAACCACCACGUCUUCAAUCUACUUCAGCUCUUCCACAGACUCUCCAUCUUACCCUACCUCCUCUAUGGAAUCAACCACCUCGUCAAAUGCGGACACAACCACUUCUUCAAGUUUGUUCACAUCCUCCUUGGAGUCGACCACUUCUCCGACUGACAUCACCUCAACUACCACCACUGAGGACUCCACCUCGUCUACUUACUCGAGCUCUUCCAUAGAAACCUCUUCAACGUACACCAGCUCUUCUCCAGGCUACUCCUCAUCCAGCUCCUCUUUGGAGCCCACCAUUUCUUCUACUUUCCCAAGCUCCUCUAUGGAUUCAACCACAUCCUCCUUCCAAUCGACACUUCUCCAACUGAUUCCUCUUUGGAUUCAACUACUUCGCUACUCCUUCCGCCCUUUUGGAGCCCCAUUCUUCUAUUUCCCCAAGCUCUCUUGGAUUCAACCAGGCCCCCUUCCAAUCGCCAUUCCCCAAACGAUUCCUCUGGGGUUUCAAUACCCCCAGCUCCACACCAUAGGAAACCACCACACCACUUUCCACUCUCAGGACUCCUCUUCAAUUAACCCCAAAAUCAUUUCCCACUUUCACAUUCUUACCACCACUCCUCCAACUUACCUAAACCUCAACUACCACCACUGGGGAAUCCACUCCUCUACUGACUAA